AUGGCCACUCGAGACUUCCGCCCUGACGCGUUGGUUUUGGCGCGUCUCGUCAACGAGAGAGCCACGAGCGAGGGCAAACCUCGCGUCGUCGAGAUCGACUCCAACGAGUUCGUCCACCUCUACUGUGAGGACAUUCUCUUCAUCGUCUUCAAAGACGUCCUCACCGCUGGAUCCCACUACUUUGAGGGCUGCGUCUCCGGCUUCUGUAAGGAGUCCUACGUCCAAGAGGUCAAGUUCGAGGACGGCGACAUCGAUCCCGAGGCCUUGGAGCUUUAUCUUAGCCUCACGCAUUCCUGGUUCUUCGAAAUAAGGUUUCGCGGCGUGCGCGUGGUGCCCGUCCAGCACUUCCGCAUGAUCCUCGAUCCCGUCGAGGAGCAGCCCUUCUCCAGAGCCGACCUCGAGAUCCCCCUCAUGAAGCUGGAGGCCAUGGCCGAAGUCUUCAUUCUCGCCGACUACUUCCUCCACCGCUCGCUCCUGAACAUCGUGCAGCAGAUGUUCCUCUCGCUCAUCGACGUCGUCCACCUCUCCUGGCUCAAGCUCAAGGAUCACGACCCUGGCAUGUGCCUGCCGUACCAUGGCGCCUUCGUCGUUGAUUAUACCAACACCUUCGAGCUUCUCUGCACCGGCCACGCGGAUGAGUACCUUCUCCGCAACGCGCUGACCGAGUCCUUCUAUUGGAUCACCCUCAAGUCGACCCAUCUCACGACCGACUUCCGCCACCUCAUGAGCGACGCCUUCGUUGCUGAGUGGAGCAAGGAUCGUUCCAAACGCGGCGAGAACGAUGCCAUCUCCUACGCCAAGGGCAUCUUCACCACCGACCAGUACUGCUUCGAGUCUAGCACCCGCAUCCGCAAGCUGCGCCGGUUCAAGCGUAUCGUCAACAUGGUCUCCUUUGAGUCUCAGAGACACGUCCUGCCGUCCGUCGCGAACCCGCUCGACCUGAAGAUUCGUCUCAGCCCCCUGCACGCGACCGUCCGUCGCAUCGAGGCCCAGCGCCGCGCCGCUCACUUUAACGCCUUCGUGCCCGGUGCUGCGUCCCAUCAGUUGGCGUCCGGAAGCUCGGCCAACAGUAACGACGGCGAUGCUGCUGAUGGCGGUAAAGCCCAGCCUCGUGGAGGAGAUCUCGGCCUUAGUCGCGUCCCCCGCGGCGACCGCACUGCUCUCAAUCGCAUGAUUCAGCAGGCUGUGGACAGGGAUAUUCAGCAGAACCGUGGUGCCAACCUCCGGCAGAUUAUGCGUGGCAAUAUACGCCAGGCGCUUGGUGUUAACCUUCAGCAGAACCUAGGCGGUAACGGUCAGCUAAUUCUUGGUGGUAACCUACAUCAGAAUCUCGGCGGCAACAUUCAGCAGACUAUCGGCGGCAACAACCAGCAGACUCACGGCGGUCACACUCAAGCUACUCAGCAGACUCCCGGCAGCCAUACUCAGCAGAUUCUUGGUGGCCGUAACCAGCAAACCCUCGGUGGUCACACUCAGCAGGCCCCUGGCUCCCAUAAUCAGCAAGGCCUUACCCAUGAUGCAGGCGACGCGAACAACAACAGACGCGGCCAGGAUCGCAAGGGCAAACGCCCGAUGAACGCUGCCCAAGCCUCGCAGCACAACUCCGGCGGCCCCAGCACCGCGCGACCUUCGAACCAAGCCACGCUGCUUAUGCAGCAGUCCCCCGUUGCCUUCAACACCGGACAGCAGCCCGUCAACCGAGCUUCGCGGAUGCAGUCCAUGAUCGACAACAUCCAGUCCUUCGUCAUCGACGGCGGCCACAACGCUCGCCAGUUCCUCGACCGCCGCCAGCAGCUCGCCGGCCCCAGCCAGCCCCCGGGUCCCUCCCAGCAGACCCAGACCGCCUCGUCCAACGUCGCCUACGCGGCCGCCUUCGCCACCGCCCUGCUUCAGGGUGGCACCAACAUCGGUUACGGUGGAGGCAGUCGUGGUGGAAACAGCGGCGGCGGAGGCGGUGGUCGUGCUGGCGGAUCGGCCAGCGCCAACGCUUAA